GGAACUUAACGGGUGGGCAUCAUAGAAUAGCCCGCUAAAUUUAAAUAACAGUUAUUAGUAUUUCCUUCUCCAAAGCUAAACCGGAACCACCAAACGGCACCCUAUAAUUUAGAAGAACCAACCAUCGGCGUCGUCUCUUCGCCUCAUGAAAAGAAGUCGCAUGGAUCAAAUAUGGUUGACGCCGUUAAUCGUAGUUACUAUACUCUCCACCAGUUUGGUUAUCACGGUAACGGUAUGUCCCGGAAAAUAUUCUUUAAUCUCCGAGACGUUCCAAAUGCGCCCGAAAUUUGAAGUUCCGGUUUCUAAUCGAAAUGUCAGGGGCAAAUUAGGGCUUCCGGAGCUGCCGAGGCUGGCGUACCUUAUAUCGGGUACAAGAGGGGACAGUUCACAGGUCUGGCGGAUUCUUCAGGUGGUGUAUCAUCCGAAUAACUACUAUCUGUUGCAUCUCGAUCUGACAGCAUCGGACAAGGAGAGGCUUGAGCUACUGAAGUACGUGAAAUCAGAGUGCGUGAUUCGGGAGUUUCGGAAUGUAAUGGUGAUUGGAAAGUCCGAUUCGGUGACUUACAAGGGCCCCACCGUGAUCGCCUCAACGCUUCACGCGGCGGCCUUGUUGCUGAAGCGAGCCAAUGAUUGGGACUGGUUUAUUAACCUAAGUGCAUCGGAUUAUCCACUCAUGCCCCAAGACGAUAUCUUGCACAUUUUCUCAUACUUGCCUAGGGAUUUGAACUUUGUUGAGCACUCAAGCAGGAUUGGCUGGAAGGAGCAUGUAAGAGCGAGGCCAGUUAUCAUAGAUUCCGGCUUGUAUCAUUCAAAAACAUCUAGUAUUGUUUGGGCAAAAGAGAGCAGAGUUGUGCCUUCUUCUUUCAAGUUAUUUAUGGGAUCCGAACAGGUGACACUGACGAGGUCAUUUCUUGAAUUCUGUGUGAUGGGAUGGGACAGUCUUCCUCGGACUCUUCUCAUGUAUUAUACAAAUGUCCUAUCAUCUUCUGAGGCAUAUUUCCAAACUGUAAUCUGUAAUCACGGAGACUACCAGAACACAACAGUAAACUAUGACUUGCAUUAUACACCGCAGCAGCGUAACCCUUCAAAGCAACGCCUAAUGAAGCCAACGCUGGAACACUUCGAUGACAUGGUUCACAGCGGAGCUCCUUUUGCUCGUGGAUUUUCGAAGGAUGAUCCAGUUCUCAGGAAAAUUGACAUGGAGCUCUUGAAAAGACAAGAUGGCCAGUUCACUCCUGGGGCUGGAAGUAUAAAUGCUGUUAAACCAACUUUAGGAUCAGAGAGGCUAGAGAAACUUAUGGUGAAACUUCUCCACUCUGAGACUUUCAGGUCCAAGCAGUGUAAAUAGUUUUGAAAUCUUACUGUUUUCUGUUUCCCCCAAAGCUUCGAUUACAUUUCCUUACCAAGUGAACUCUUUUCUCCUCUCUAGUUCGA